AUGAUGAGGCGUUAUACUUUCUUGUUGCUUCUUCUUCUUCUUCAUAAUCCAUCUUCCAGUUGCUCAUCGGUGUUGCCACUAUGCAACCACCAUGACAACUCAAACUUGCUCCAAUUCAAGAACUCAUUUUCCAUUAACACUUCAUUGUACAAAGAUUGGCCGGCGCUUUCCUCUUGUUACAACAAGAUAGCGUCGUGGAAGAAUGGUACGAAUUGUUGCGAGUGGGAUGGUGUCACGUGCGACACCACCUCAGGGCACGUGAUUGGGCUUGACCUGAGUUGCAGCAUGCUCCAAGGCGAGUUUCAUCCUAACAGCACUCUGUUCCAACUCACGCAUCUUCAACAACUCAACCUUGCCGCCAAUGACUUCUUCGACUCUCCAAUAUAUCCUGGAAUUGGUGAUCUUGUGAGUCUCACGCAUCUCAAUCUAUCAUGCUCAUCAUUUGGAAAUUAUAUUCCCUCCACGAUCUCUCGCUUGUCUAAAUUACUCUCACUUGAUCUCGCGUCUUGUAAUCAUGAACUGAGACUUGAUGAAUCAACAUAG